UUCUGAAUGGAGCAAGCUAGCAAAACGAAGUACAAAGGAGGGCUGCCGUUCCACUCCAGUCAUCCCUCUCCGCUUCGACACAAAGGGGACAAGCUCGCUCGCGUCUCGCCACGCAAGAUGCCGCUGCGCGCGCCGCCUCUCCGCCUCCCCCUCCUCGUCCUCCUCCUCCUCCUCCUCGUCCCGGCCCUCGCCGAUUUCCCCGACCGCUACUCCUCUCCGCGCCCGGGCGCGAGCGCCGGGCUCGGUAAUGCGCCCGCGCAGGAGUACCUCGACCCCACCUACCCGACCCCGCGGCCCCCGCCGUCGGCGCCGUCCUGCGUCGUGCCGGUGCUCUCCUACUCCUUCGCCAACACCUACGGCGCGCCCCCCGCCACGGCCGCGUACGCGCCGCCCGCGGGGUGCCCCGCGCCCUGGUCCCUCGUCGUGCUCUCCUUCUCCGCGGCCAUCGCCGGGGACCAGUACGACCGCGUCGCGGCCGUCUGGCUCGACGGCGCCGAGCUCCUCCGCACCACCACCGCCGAGCCCACCCCCGAUGGCAUCCGCUGGACCAUCCGCAAGGACGUGACCCGCCACUCCGCGCUGCUCCGCUCCCCGCCCGGCGGCGUGCUCUCCGUCAUGCUCGAGAAUCUCGUCAACGACCAGUACACCGGCGUGUACAACGUCAGCGUCUCCCUCGAGUUCCACGGCGUCCCGGCUUACCUCGCGGACGCGGGAUCCUCCUCCUCCGCCGCCGGCGCCGUCGAUUCCAACCCACCGACGCCGACGCUGCCGGAGUCGUACUUCCAGCCGGCGGACCUGAUCCUGCCGAUAUCGGAGGCCACGGGCAACAGCAUCGGCUUCUGGUUCCGCAUCCAGAACUCGUCGGACUCGCGCUCCAAGCUCGUGAGCGUUCCGUCGAGCACCUACCGCGCAGUCCUGGAAGUCUUCGUGUCCCCGCACUCCAACGACGAGUUCUGGUACUCCAACCCGCCGGACAUCUACAUCCGCGAGAACAACCUCACCACCGGGCGGGGCAACGCCGCGUACCGCGAGGUCGUCGUGAGCGUGGACCGCCACUUCGCCGGCUCGUUCGUCCCGUUCCCGGUCAUCUACACGGGCGGCAUCAACCCGCUGUUCUGGCAGCCCGUGGCGGCGCUGGGCGCGUUCAACCUCCCGACCUACGACGUCGAGCUGACUCCGUUCCUGGGCCUCCUGGUCGACGGCAAGGCCCACGAGAUCGCCCUCAGCGUGGUGGACGGCAUCGCCGAGUGGCUCGUCGACGCCAACCUCCACCUGUGGCUGGACCCCGCCUCGUCGAGCGUGUCCGCUGCGCUCGACCGGUACAGGACGCCGCGGCUGUCCAUCACCCGCCGGUACAACACGCGGCUCCUGGACGGGAGCUUCAAGAUCCGCGCCAAGAGGAAGUCCCGCUUCAGCGGGUGGGUGAAGUCGUCGUUCGGCAACUUCACGACGGAGGUGGAGACGGAGCUGAAGGCGACCAGCGUGGUGGAGUUCACCCACCAGGGCCGGAACAAGACCGUCCGGCUGCAGGCGGAGCAGGAGACGGAGAUCACCGUCCGGUCCUCCGAGACGCGGAAGGAGGUAAGCAAGGUGGAGACGAAGGCCAAGUUCCCGCUUUGGCUGGAGAUGGUGACCGAGGACGGCGAGAAUGGCACGUACGUGAUGAAGGCGAACCUGACGCACUCCCUGAGCAUCGAGACGGACGCCGAGGCGGAGGGGCUGUUCGAGCGCGAGGCGCGGCUCGCCGACGAGCAGGCCGCGGCGGGGUGGAUGCUCGUGAGGGACCACGACGUGCUCAACGGGUCGGCGGCGACGACGCAGGCGUACCGGUACAGCGACGGCGCGGGGCGGGUCGAGCGGGCCAUCGACACGCUGGACGGCGCCGUGCUGAGCGACAACGUGACGGAGAGCUACAGCGCCCUGGAUGUCGCGGCCUCGACCUCGACCGCUGCUUGCUGCCGCGUGAGGAGGUGCCACAGCAUCGUGGCGGCCAGGUGCUCGGACGUCGCCGCGAUGUAGAAUCGAGCUCCUCAGAUUUCAGAGCGAGCCGUGCUUCCUUUUCUUGCAAAGAUGGCGGCUUGCUUCCAUUGUGUUAUUGGGUUUGGGUCCUUGCUGUUUGUAUGUAGUUUCAACUUUCAAGUGCACGCGUGGCGGAAUUUGUCAGCAGUUUUAUAUGUCCUGAUGAUAAACAAAAUAAAACAUUGGAGAUGUCUCCGAAGACGUUAAUAAAA